GCACGUUUUAAAUAUAAUUUGUUGAUCUGUAUUUUCUAAACAGUUUUCUGCCUAUAGCUUUGUACAAUUUUUUAAUAUUGUUCCAAUUUAAAUAUUCUAUAAUUAUCGUGUUAUAACUUUUUCGAUUUCAAUUUAUAGUUUAAAUUUGAUUAUUCGUAUUUAAACCAUGUCUAACUCUGUAUAUGAUACUUAUGUAUCUCCUCUUUCAACAAGAUAUGCAUCGACAGAAAUGAAAUUCAAUUUUAGUGACAGAAAAAAAUUUACUACAUGGAGAAAUCUUUGGACUUUGCUAGCCCAAGCUGAACAGGAAUUGGGAUUGGACAUAACCGACGAACAGUUGGCCGAGCUGCGCGCCAACGUGGACAACGUGGACUUCGCGGCAGCCGCCGACGAAGAAAAGCUCACUCGACACGAUAUCAUGGCUCACGUGCACACGUACGCCGCGUGUUGUCCGACCGCCGGGCCCAUCAUUCACCUGGGCGCCACUUCUUGCGACAUCGGAGACAACGCCGACUUGAUUGUUUUGAGAGACGCUUUCGACAUACUGUUACCGAAACUGGCGGGUUGCGUGAAAACGUUGGGUGAAUUUGCCGAUAAACACAAGGAUUUGGCCACGCUGGGUUUCACGCACUUUCAGCCUGCUCAACUGACCACGGUUGGCAAACGUGCAUGCCUAUGGCUACAAGAUUUGAUUUUGUGUGAAAAAAACAUAAGUCGUGUUCGUGCUGACCUCAAAUUUCGUGGUAUCAAAGGAACCACCGGUACCCAAGCGUCAUUCUUACAACUUUUCAACGGUGAUUAUGAAAAAGUCAGAGAAUUGGAUAACAGGGUAACAAAGCUUGCCGGAUUCCCAUCUUCAUAUUCUGUCACGGGUCAAACAUACCCUCGAAUUGUUGACGCAGAAGUUGUUGCAUCCUUAAGUAUUCUUGGGGCUGCUGUCCAUAAGAUGUGUACAGAUUUGAGACUAUUGGCUGGCAUGAAUGAAAUUGGAGAACCUUUUGAACCCACUCAAAUAGGCUCAAGUGCAAUGGCUUAUAAACAAAAUCCAAUGAGAAGUGAAAGGGUUUGUUCUAUUGCUAGAUAUCUAAUGAAUCUGGUUAACAACCCUUUAUCCACUGCCUCUGUACAGUGGUUAGAACGAACAUUGGAUGACAGUGCAAAUAGACGAUUGUGUUUAUCAGAAGCAUUUUUGGCUGCAGACAGUGUAAUGUUGACAUUACAGAAUAUUCUCGAAGGGUUAUCUGUAUUUCCUAAAGUUAUAUCAAGAAAUAUUGAGAAAGUUUUACCCUUUAUGGCAACAGAAAAUAUAAUUAUUGCAAUGGUCAAAGCUGGAGGAGAUAGACAAGUGUGCCAUGAAAAAAUAAGAGUCUUAUCACUGGAGGCAGCUAGUACAGUUCGUCUUCAAGGUAAAGACAAUGAUCUUAUGGACAGAAUUGUGAAUGAUCCAUAUUUUGCACCAAUAUUAGAUCAACUAUCACAUAUUUUAGAUCCAUCAACUUUUGUUGGGUGUGCACCUGAUCAAGUAACACAUUUUCUGAGAGAAGAAGUACAGCCUGUGGUCAACAAAUACAUUUCCAAAAUCAAAACUACAGCAACAAAAUUGGAUAUUUAAAUCAAGAUACUUUUUAAAUAUUCACUUAAAUUCACCAUAUUUUAAAAUUUCAAAGUUUUACU